AUGGCAGAAAAAGAGAUCAAGGAGUCUGGUGCUCUAGACAACACAUCUAACAGCGACCGUGACCUCGUUGUCGCCGAAGGCAGCGUCGCGCAGACCCAGAAGUCGCGUUGGGAGAGAAGCUGGCCCGUGAUCGCUUGUGGCUCUGGUCUCUUCUCCGAUGGCUUCUGCCAAGCUAUCAUUGGUCCCGUCAACACCAUGUUGAAGAUCUUGUACAAGGACGAGUACACCGGGUCAUCUGCACAGCAGAAUGUCGCAUCCAUCGCUUUUGCGGGCACUGUCCUCGGCCAGCUGGUCUUCGGCUAUUCCAGUGAUCACUGGUCUCGUCGUCAUAGUUUGCUCAUCUCUACAAUCAUUCUGAUUGUCUUUGCCGCUCUGGGUGCUGGCUCUUAUGGUGCUGGUGGCUCAGUCCAAGGCUUGUUCGCAGCCCUGACCGCAUAUCGCUUCCUGCUCGGUAUCGGUAUUGGAGGAGAGUAUCCGGCUGGAUCCGUGGCUUGUGCCGAGUCUACCGGCGAGCUGAAGAAGGGUCACCGCAAUCGCUGGUUCAUCUUCUUUACGAAUUUCAUGAUUGAUAGUGGCUUCGUGGUAGCCUCUCUGGCCGCCAUGAUUGUCGUCCUUGCAACCACCGAGAAGCAUCUGAGAGCAGCGUGGAGAAUUUGUCUCGGUCUCGCCGUCAUCCCUCCUCUGUCACUCAUCUAUCUCCGAAUCAAGCUGAAGGAACCCGAGUCCUACUCACGCGCCAAAAUGACCAACUACCCUUGGUGGCUGAUUAUCAAAUUCUACGGCUUCCGGCUGAGCGUCGUCAGCUUGAUCUGGUUCAUCUACGACUUCUCGAGCUACUCUUUCAGCAUCUACUCCUCCUCCUGGCUCGCGUUCCUCCUGCCUUCAGACGCUCCUCUGUGGAAGUCCUUUGGGUGGAGCACAGUGAUCAACUCAUUUUACAUCCCAGGUAGCUUCCUUGGAGCAUUCGUGUCAGAUUAUAUCGGACCCAAGUACGCGCUUGCAUUGGGCGUGGUCCUUCAGGGCGCCAUCGGCUUUUUGAUGAGCGGGAUCUACGGCCACCUGGACCAAGCCAGCCACGUUGGCGGCUUCGUCGUUGUCUAUGGUAUCUUCCUCUCCCUCGGUGAACUCGGCCCGGGAGAUAACAUCGGCCUCGUCGCUUCCAAGACCUCUGCCACCUCUAUCCGCGGCCAGUACUACGGCAUCGCCGCGGCGCUGGGUAAGGUAGGCGCCUUCGUUGGAACGUACGUCUUCCCCGACAUCAUCGCUGCCGCCGGCGAUGACGUGAUCAAGCAGGGCCAGUACCCUUUCUUCGUGUCGUCUGCCCUCUGCAUAUUCAGCGGCAUUAUCACGUUGCUGUUCAUCCCCUACAUCGGCCAGGAUACCAUUGACCACGAAGACCAACGCUUCAAGGAAUACCUGAAGCAGCACGGGUACGACAUCGAAUCCCUGGGCACACAGGAAUUCAAAGAGAGACGGCGCUCAAUCCAGGCUGGUGCUUGA